AGGUUUAUUGGCUCGGCGGAAAUUGCACUUUUUGGAAUCUUACUUCUCCUCGAGAAGCACAAUUUUUCCAAAUUCAUACCAAACUCCACCCUCCCUACCUAUUUUCCUCUUUCCUCCUCCAAUUUACGUCUCAAUUUCUUUCCUAUAAAACCCUAACAUCUCCCCUAAUUCUCAAUUUCCCAAUCAUUUCAUUCAAUCAAUCAAAUUAUCAAAUUCCCAAUUUCUAUUUCUCUCAUUCAUAUGGAAGCUCCAAUUCUCAUUUCUUCAAUCCCCAAUCUCUUCUCCUUCUUCACUUUUUUUCUCAUCAUUUACCUCGUUGCUUACUUCAUCAUCUUCCGUUCAUGGAAGCCCAAGCUCCGUCCAGAAGCUUCCAGCUGCGCCAUCUCCUUACUCCACGGCACCCCCGCCGUAUUCUUUGCCGUUACUUCCCUGCUCGCCGACCCAGAUCGUGACUUUCACUCGCCAAACACCCCUUUACAAAACCUCGUCCUUGACUACAGCAUUUCCUAUUUCUUAAUGGACCUGACCCACUACCUGAUUUUUUACCCUAGUGAUGUUCUCUUCAUUGGCCACCACCUCGCUACCCUGUUCGUGUUCGUCACGUGCCGGUACGUGGUGUACCACGGCGCGUAUGCGAUUCUCGUUCUUUUGAUUCUUGCGGAAGUUACUAGCUUCAUACAGAACACGUGGACUCUCGCGAAUGCUCGGAAAUCGGACGUGGAGUUCGCUGCUAAGGUUUAUGCUUUACUUUCGCCUCCGUUUUAUGUUCUGUAUUCGUUGGUCAGAGGUAUUGCUGGGCCGUAUUUUGUGUAUAGGAUGUUUACGUAUUAUCUUAGUGGGGCUGCUAAUAAUGUGAUACCUAGAUGGAUUUGGAUAUCUUGGGUUUUUGUUGUUGUUACUGCUAUUUCCGUUAGUAUACUGUGGAUUUCCAAUCUUUGGGUUGAGUUGUAUAGAGAAAGGAGUAGGGAACUUGAGAGAAAAGUUAGGUGAGUUGAAUACUGUGUGUUUACAGAUUAACCAUAUAUGGGUUUGAUUGGAUGAGAUGAUAAUUGAAGAAAAAUCAAAUCUUUUGUUGUUUGUGUA